GCCGGCGGUGGCGCCGCCUGAUCUGCAGAACAGAAGGGCGAAGGCCAGCGAAUCCAGCGAUUUCUACUAGGUCGCGGAAAAACUCUCCGCCUCUGCCCGCCGCCGCCGCCACCUUCCUCCCUUCCCGCGGCGACCGGCGACCACCGUGGCAGCGACAGUGACUGGUUGAUUGAGAGGCUCAGGAGUGAAAGAAGAUGCCUUCAAUUCAAAAGGCUUUGCCUCCGGAGCUUGCUGAUAAUGUGCUCAGAUUAUACCGUGAAUGCUUAAGGAGGGCUAAGUUCAUUGGCCAUCAGAAACACAAUACAGGGCUGCUUGUUUCCAUGGUAAGGGAACAGUUUAAGAAAAAUAUGCAUGAAACUGACCCAGAGAAGAUACAGAAAAUGAAGGAUGAUGCGGCAAGGGGCCUUAUCAAUCACAUUCUGUAUGAAUCUGAGAAGAUGACAGGGCGCAAAUUCUCAAGUUAAGAGAGUUGAAACUAGGCAACCAGUGUGCUGUAUGAAUAAUAGUAAACAGUGAUGUGAACUUGUGGUUGCUGAAUUACUUUGUUUCUUUGUACAAGGAUCAGCUAAUCUUUUGGUUGGUCAUGGAAUUAUUAAUGUGGUUAUUUUCAUUGGUUUCGUUCA